CAAGAAGCUGACAUUCAGCUCAAAAUUUGAGGGUCCCAGACCAUGGUCUAUCGUCAACAUCACGAACCAAAAUGGUAAUUUGGCCGUGUUUGAAAACCGCAACGUGGUCACAAGACGUAUCGACCUCUUUCAGUUAGCAGUCACACGUCGUCUACAGGAUUGAUAUAAAUCAGACGCAAGUCCUGCUGUGAUAUACCUAAUGGUUCCUCUAUCAACACAGUUCUGCACCACUUGAUAUCAACAAUGGCCGACCAACAAGAGCCUAUAUUCACGCCAACCAGCGGCUAUGAGUCGUUCAUUUACAUUUACAACAAAACCAAAGUCGACUUUGCACUUGAUAGUUCAAAGGCCAUUCUCGGCUCUUGGGCGAAAGGAUGCCCUCCGAACACAAUCAAGGCUGGAGCUCAAGCUUUGAUCCAGCUGAACGACAGCUUUGGCUUCUCGGGCAGCCAAGGAGAGGUUGUGUACGAGCUGUAUCACCCCUCCGAUCCUGACACUCCCCUCUCAUUCAAGGUUGAGUUCUGUGAUCCUUAUGGCAGAUGGAACGACAACUAUCUGCGGACGAAGUCGAGCAAUCCCAAGUUGGUCUCAUGCCAAGUUCUGGACUACAACCUUACCGGCCACCCCUUCACAGGUCAUGUCGAGGUCUACCUGACCGAGAAUUCGGCCAACGAAAGAAUUGAUGCCGGAAACACCUCCAAUGAAACCAACGGCGACGCUCACGCAGCCUUUGAAAUUGGAUUCAAUGGUCCACUUGGCAUCAAGAUCCGAGACCCGGUUCAUGAAGACAUCGCCAUCGCCGCCUUCAUCGCAUCCAGGAUGCGCUUUCCAAAGGGAACUGAGUACAACAAUCUCGACGCUGCCCAGUGGGAGUACAUGCGUGGUCUUCUUUGGAGCGAUGACCCUCUGUGUCUGUUGUUUGAAGACUCCAGAGAGAGCAACAGCGAGCUGGCAUUGGGCGAAAAGUUUCUAGGUGACUUUUACGCCGGCGCUCCCAGCAGCCUCACACAAAGGAGCCACUUUGGUGACUUGCAAUUCUUCCACGCGAUGGCCGCUCAGUCGAAUGAAGAUCCGCAUGAGACAAAGGCAAACAUGCUUUCUUGGUUGGAAACCAUCUACAAGCUCGCUAUCGGCGUCCAGGACGUGAGGGAGACUGACAGCCUUGCUGGUCGGUUCCCGACCCGUUUCUCAAGCUACUCUGAUCCCUCUGGAGACGCGAGUCUGAGACAGUUAUUCUUGGGUAGAACGCCUUCGUAUCGAAAGGCGAACAUCUCCAAGCGUGCCUUUGGUCACUGCCUGCACAUGGUCCAAGAUUCGUACGCAGUCGGACACACACUCCGUCGCUUGGCCAAUCCUGGAGACCUAGACGGUAAAGAUGGCGAAGGCUUCUUCAGGUUCAAGCCCGGCAAGUUUGCCAGACUCGGGCCCAUCAUCACGUUCCACACCUACUCUGGUCAAUCCAAACGUCACGCGCACUAUGAUGAGUCCAAGCAAUCCCGGAGCCCAAGGGACCUCGAGUCCUUCAAUCACGUCAUUGGAGCCCGAGAUGCCAUCGACAAGUCAAUCAAGUUGAUCAACUUUUACGCGCAAAAGACAAAGUGGGAGGAUGGAGUGCGUGACUUCUUUGCCAACGAAGUGUUUGUGCUGGACUCGAAGGCCACCCUCAGCAACCCUCAAGUUGAUGAGAGGUUCGGAUCACCAGAUACGAGCAGUCAGUCUACUCUUGAGGCUGAUCGGUUCGCGGAUGAAGAGUACCAGCUGGGUAUGGAGAGAAAAAUGACGAUGCUGGAGAGCGGUCUGGCAUUUACUAGUCGUGUUCCUUCCGAGUCACAGUUCAGCUUGCGUAAUGAUUCUUGGACAGUUCUUGUUCAGGGGAUUUAG